CCCUCGUCACUUCUCGUUCUCCAUUUUCAUCAGUCUCCCGACUCUCCACCCAGAUCUACUAACCUGCGCCCCCUCCUCUCCACCCGGCGCACGAUAGCCGGGCCCAACCCUUCCCCUUAAACCCUAGACCCCGCCGCCUCCGCCGUGCUCGGAGGAGUCGCCGCCUCCCAUGGCGUCCCCCUCCGGAAACCCUAACCAAUCCAGCCCCUUCGAGCUCGGGAAGCUGUUCAAGCCCCCUCCCAACCCUAACCCUAACCCUAGCGCACCCCCUCCCUUCCCGCCUCCGUCCUCCUACGCCGCCGCUCCGCCGCCGUACCAGGCGGCGCCGCCGCCCCUCGGGCCCUACUCGUACCCUCCCGCCACGCCGCCGCUCCACCACCACCCCUUCCUCCACUACCCCAAGGAGCCCCUCCACCGCCCCACCAUCUCCUACCCCGCGCCCCCUCCCCACCUUACGAGCCCGACCCCGAGCCCGACCCCGAACCCUAGCCCCCCCGCGGGGCCGAACGCCGGCGCCCGCCUCAUGCAGCUCCUCGGGAACGCCGCCCCGACCCACCUCGAAUCGGUGGUCUCGAUGCCCCUCCCCUCAUCCAUCCUGCAGGACUUCCCGCCGCCGCCGUCGCCUGCGGCGAGCUCGCCGAUCUUGCAGGCGAUCCCGUCGGCGCCGCCGGCCGUCAUGGCGGGGGUCGCGCAGCCGCCGCCGGCGAGGAUGCCAAGCAGCAAGAUGCCGAGGGGGCGGCACCUCGGCGCCGGCGAUCGGGCCGUGUACGACGUGGACUCGAGGCUGCAAGGGGAGUCGCAGCCGCCUCAGCUCGAGGUGACGCCGAUCACCAAGUACACCUCGGAUCCGGGGCUCGUCCUGGGCCGUCAGAUCGCGGUGAACAGGUCGUACAUUGUUUACGGUCUCAAACUCGGCAAUAUCAGGGUGCUCAACAUCAACACGGCGUUGAGGUCUCUUCUUCGGGGGCACACUCAGAGGGUUACGGACAUGGCUUUCUUUGCUGAAGAUGUUCACCUUUUAGCAAGUGCCAGUGUAGAUGGGAGGGUUUUUGUGUGGAAGAUUGAUGAGGGACCUGAUGAGGAAAAUAAGCCACAAAUAACAGGAAAAAUUGUUAUUGCGAUACAGAUUGUCGGAGAUGCAGAAUCGUUUCAUCCAAGAAUAUGUUGGCACUCUCACAAACAAGAGAUUUUAUUUGUUGGAAUUGGCAAACUUGUCCUAAAGAUUGAUGUAACGAAAGUAGGACGUGGAAAAGAGUUUACUGCAGAGGAACCUCUUAAAAGCCCAAUGGAGAAGCCGAUCGAUGGAGUGCAGCUUAUUGGUAAACAUGAUGGGGAUGUGACUGAUUUAUCGAUAUCCCAGUGGAUGACAACUCGAUUAGCUUCAGCAUCAAAAGAUGGCACGGUAAAGAUUUGGGAUGAGCGCAAGGGAGUGCCUCUUGCUAUUUUGAAGCCACAUGAUGGGCAAGCUGUUAACUCUGUUGCAUUCUUGACAUCACCUCAUCGUCCCGAUCACAUCAAUCUUAUAACAGCUGGUCCGCUAAACCGAGAAGUUAGAAUUUGGGCUUCUGAGAGUGAAGAAGGUUGGCUAUUGCCAAGUGAUUCUGAAUUGUGGCAGUGUAAUCAAACCUUGGAUUUGAGAAGUUCUUCAGAACCUCGGCUUGAGGAGGCCUUCUUUAACCAAGUUGUGGUUUUGCCUCGAGCAAGCCUCAUUAUACUUGCAAAUGCAAAAAAGAAUGCAAUAUAUGCAGUCCAUAUUGAAUAUGGCCCAUUUCCAGCUGCUACACGCAUGGAUUACAUAGCAGAUUUCACCGUUACAAUGCCAAUUUUGAGUCUCACGGGAACCAAUGAAUACCUUCCUGAUGGAGAACAGGUCGUUCAAGUCUAUUGUGUUCAGACAAUGGCUAUUCAGCAGUAUGCCCUGGAUUUGGCACAAUGUCUACCUCCACCAAAUGAUGGUAAUACUACACUGGGAAGAGAUUCUUCUGUCUCUCGUUCUUUUGACGCCCUUACUUUGGAAACAGCUGAAGCUUCCCGUGGAAGUACUUCUAGCAUCGCUGAGAGUGCAAUUGCGACUUCAGACCCUGCAUCCUCGGCUUCUGCAGAAGUUAUUAGUAGUCGUGAUUUCUCUGUAUCUAAUCUUGAAGUCAAACCAUCAGCACCUCCACUUCUUUAUUCAGAGGCUGAUGCCUCACGUGUUCCAACAUUGCCCAUUCCUUUGGAUAUAGAUCUUGCAGGAAUUCCUGCUUUAAAAAGCCCUUCAAAAGGUUCUGAACAUGCACCUGAUACUCCUGCAAAUAAUAACAUGGCAAGGGAGGAACCUAGAGGGGGUCAAACUGAUAUAUCAUCAGUUCAGGAUCCUCAUUUAAUGUUUAAACCAGGUGGCAAUCCAACCCAUCUUAUAACUCCAUCUGAAAUUAUGGCAGGUGUCUUAUCUUCCUCUGAGAAUACUCAGGUCAAUCAAGCAAUAAAAAGCAAUGAAUUGAAAAUUAAAGAUAGGGCCGCUAGUGAUAGCUAUGAGAGUGUAGAGAUGGACGUAAAGGUUGUGGAUGAGAGUAGAUUAAACCAAAAUUUGGAAUUCACUAGAAAAGAUUCUCAAGGUGCUCUCGAGGAGAACAAAGAAAAAAUCGCCAAAAAUUCAGAAACCAGUACUGAGGUAGUUGAUCGAGAUUCUGCACUAAAAGAGAUUUCUGGUUUGGAAGAUUUGCAUUCUAGAGAUGAAAAGACAACUGCAGAGUUCUUGGAGCAGCCACCUGGUACUAGUAAGGAAGAGGUGCAAGACAGCACGAAAGAUGUCCCCGAGAAAUUUGAAGAGUCGGCUGUUGCUACUGUAGCACAAUCUGCUUCAGCUGCAAAAGGGAAGAAGCAGAAAGCGAAGCAACCUCAAGCAUCCAUUCCAUCGUCCCCUGUUGUAAGCCCUUUUAACUCUACGGACUCAUCAAAUGAACCAGGAAGCAGCGAGAGUGUACCUCCAACUGAUGCUGUUUUGCCUCAAAUCUCAUCCAUGCAUGACAUGUUGAACCAGGUUAUUGCAUUGCAAAAGGAUCUGCAGAAACAGAUGAGUGUAAUGGUUGUUGUUCCUGUUACCAAGGAAGGCAAAAGAGUGGAAGCAGCCCUAGGGAGGACAAUGGAGAAAUCUAUCAAGGCUAAUGUCGACGCUAUGUGGGCCCGCUUCCAAGAGGAAAAUGCGAAAUUUGAGAAGGCUGAGAGGGAUCGAACCCAACAGAUUACUAAUUUGAUCACAAGCUGUAUGAACAAGGAUCUACCUACCUUAUUCGAAAGGGCACUAAAGAAGGAAAUAUCAGCUCUGGCUCCUGCUGUAGCUCGCGCAAUGACACCGGUUGUCGAGAAGACCAUAUCUUCAGCUAUAGCGGAUGCCUUUCAGAGAGGGGUUGGGGAUAAGGCAGUGAAUCAGCUGGAGAAGUCGGUUAAUUCGAAACUGGAAGCUACGGUGGCUAGGCAAAUCCAAGCACAGUUCCAAACUUCCGGCAAACAAGCUCUUCAGGAUUCAUUGCGAUCUUGUUUGGAAUCAUCACUUAUCCCUGCAUUCGAGCAAUCUUGUAGAGUAAUGUUUGAGCAAGUUGAUGCCACAUUCCAGAAAGGCAUGUCUGAACACACUGCCGCUGCUCAGCAGCAACUGGAGGCGGCACAUACUCCACUGGCUAUUACUCUGAGGGAUGCAGUCAACUCUGCAUCAUCGAUCACCCAGAGUCUCACCACUGAAUUAGUUGAUGGCCAGCGCAAGUUGUUGGCUCUUCUUGCGGCGGCAAACCCUAAAGCAGUCAAUCCAAAUGCCCAGGCAAACAAUGGCCCUAUGGCUGGUCUUCCUGAUUUGGCCUUAUCUGUUCAGCAGGUUGAGGCACCAUUGGAUCCCACAAAGGAACUGAAUAGACUGAUAUCUGAAAGGAAGUACGAGGAAGCUUUCACGAUGGCUCUUCAAAGAAGCGAUGUCUCCAUUGUCUCUUGGCUUUGCUCUCAGGUUGAUUUGCAUGGGAUAUGCUCCACCGUGCCGCUUCCGCUUAACCAAGGAGUGCUCCUCGCUCUUCUACAGCAGUUAGCAUGCGACAUCAGCAACGAGACGUCACGUAAGGUCGCGUGGAUGACGGACGUGGCCGUUGCGAUCAAUCCCACCGACCCAAUGAUCUCGGUUCACGUGCGGCCGAUAUUCGAGCAAGUCUACAACAUUUUGGCCCACCAAAGAUCACUACCGUCCACGACAGCUUCUGAAGCUACCAAUAUCCGGCUUAUAAUGCACGUCAUCAACUCGGUGCUAAUGAGCUGUAAAUGAUCUCCGUCUCCCUCCCCCCCCCCACCUUCUGUGAUUUGUUAGUGUGCAGCUGAAACCUUUUGUAUAGGCUAAAAAAUAAAAAAAAGGAGAGAAAUUAGAGGGACAAUUGAGUAACGUUUGGACUUUUACUGGGGGUGUUUUGUAAUGUAAAUUAGAUGGUAGGAGACCGGUAUCAUCCCCCCUUUUCUCAUUUCGUCCAUCGUCGCAGUUCUUUUAAAUUUAGGGGGUAAAAAAAUUGCCAUCUUUUUUUCUUCUAUUUUAAUUUUGUUAAGUGUCUAUCAACAAAAGGUGGGCCUAAAGGUUUGUAUCUUCUGCUUUGUCGAUGAGCUAUGCUUUCUCUGUGGUGGCUAUCUUUUAUUAGCAGAGUCCUAAAUUGUUGUUACGUCCUUUGAAACUCUGGGAUUAUGAGGCUGAUAAUAUUUGCAGUAGCACAAACAUUUACUUGCUACAUUUUUUUU